AUGAAUUACGGCGACCCCUGGCUCGUCUUGUCCCCACCCUCCGCCUUGCCCUCCUUUGCCUCGCCGUUCUCCUCUCGCGCGCGUUCCGCUCGUCCAUGCGAACCCGACCUCGCCGCCCUCUGCGCGCUCGUUCAACUCGCCGGCGCGCAGCACCACGUCCCCACCAACAUCGUCGGCAAGGUUCUCAGGGAAUCGGUGGUCAUCGCGGAGGUCGAGCGCAAGCACCUUGGCGGUUUCGACGACCACAAGCCAUUCGCCGAACUCCCUCACGAGCGUAUGACACAAGCUUCUCAAGACUUCGACACCUCUGGUCGGACCAUCGCUCCCUACCUCUAUCUGCCCCUUGCACACCCCAAAGGCGUGCGGCUCACCCUCGCGCGCAUCUCCGGCAAGUUCUCUCCACGUCAGCUCGUGAUGCUCGACCUCCGUCUGGAUUGGCAGUAUCUCAGGUGA